GACGCAAAUAAGAUGAGGGACACGACCUGGGAGCAGCGAAUGGAGUACCUUACAGAAGGCGGGUACACUCACUAUCGGGAGCGGACAGCUACCUUUCUUGGUGAAAUGAGCGACAGAUUGCUAGAGAAAUAUGGUGGGGACUUGAACAAUCUCCGCGAAGCCGCGCAGAACAACCCUAGUAAGGAGCGGAAACUGCUAAAGGAAUUCAAGGCGCGUAUCGGCGAAGUGGGAGUGAGUAUCUUUCUGUGGGACGUCCAGGUAGUAUGGGAGGAGAAUUAUCCCCACAUCAAUGGCGAAGCGCUCAAAGCAGCGCAGAAGCUUAUCACACCCCUCUGCCAAUCCCAGCUUGCAAUCUGA